GUCUCUAUUCUUAGCCUGCUGGUUAGCUGAGCAAGCCGCCUUGCUCAGUAGUCAUGAGUUCAAGGACCGAAGGGUGAAGAAUAGCAAACUUGUGCCAUGCAAAAGUUGUGUUUGCGUUUCAUGGCAGCUUUGAAGGGACAGCUCGGGCACAGCCCUACCCAGCAGCCUCAGCCUGCUGUGCUCAAAGGCUUCUGCACCGACGUGAGCACGAAAUAAGAGCUGCCGGCGUUGGUGUGCGCUCCGGAGGAGGCAGACGGCUCUGCAGAUGGGAUGACUCAGUGCACGAGAGUUCAUUAAGUGCCCUUUUGCAUCUGGCCCAUCUUCAAGCAGGCUUAUCUUGCUGCGUCUCGGUGCUGCCUCGAUGACCAGAUACGUGCACAGCAGGAACGAAGCAGAAGUGAAUGUGGGAUGCGGAGCGGUGGCUUCCCGGGAGCGGAACUAGCUGGAUGUUCUCAGCCUCAGGGCACAGCUCUGACUCUGUCUGCGGCGCUGGUGAUGUUCAGCCCGUCCUCUGCUGUGACCCCGUGCACCUCGCCACGGGUGCCCCAGGCCGUCCCCAUGGACCUGCGCAUCGGGCAGCGUGUUGUCAAGCCCGGCUCCGACACGGCCUUGCUGGCUCUGAAGCACACGCAGCAGCUGCAGCACCAGCUCUUCCUCGCCAGCCUGCACCAGCAGCAAGUGGAGCAGCUCGCCCACCAGCACGUCAGGGUGACCAUGGAGACCUCGCACCGUGAGGCAGAGCCCGGGCAGCAGGAGCAGGAGCUGCGGCAGAUCCUCAAUAAGGACAAGAGCAAAAGAAGUGCUGUGGCCAGCACAGUGGUGAAGCAGAAACUGGCUGAGGUCAUCCUGAAGAAGCAGCAGGCAGCAGCUUUGGAAAGAACCAGCAACCCCAACCCUCCAGCCAUGCCAUACAGGUCUCUGGAGCCUCUGGAUCCUGAAGGUCCUUCCCCUCCUGUACUCAGCACCUUCCUGUCCCCGGUCCCUAGCACUUCUCUUGAUCCCCCAGAGCAUUUUCCACUGCGGAAGACAGCAUCUGAGCCCAACCUGAAGGUGCGUUGCAAGCCCAGGAAGUGCCUGGACCGCCGCAAGAACCCCCUGACACGGAAGGAGAGCGCUCCCCCCUCUCUGAAAAGGAGACCACCUGAGACCAUUGAUUCCUCCCCAAGCAGUAGCAGCACCCCUGUGUCCGGCUGCAGCUCUCCCAAUGACAGCCUCCCUGCUGAGCACGGAGCUCUUCCCACUGCCUCCAGCAUGGCCCACGAGGCACCCCUGGCCCAGCGCCUGAUGAUGCAGGAGAGCUCCCUGGCCCAGUUUGCCUUGCAGAGUGCAGUCUCCCUUCCUGCCAUCACACUGGGAUUGCCAGCUACCACUAGUGCCAGGGGAGAUGCGGAUCGUCGCCCUCUCUCUGGCCUGGCACACCGAGUGCCUGUGCUGAACGGGCCUGUCCUCACGGGCACACACUCACCCAUGUUCAUCCCUGCUGGCUUGGAACAGCACGAGGCUGGGAGCCCCUUGUCCCCUCGGCUCCAGCCUGUCAUCAUCCUCGAGCCCUCAGUCACCCACGCUCCACUUGUGGCAGUGCCAGGUCUGGGGACAGUCCCCUUCUCCUUCGCCCCAUCGCUCAUCUCUGCAGAGCGCCUGUCGCUCCCAGGCCACCACAAACCACUGGGCAGGACCCGCUCAGAGCCCCUGCCCCAGAACCCCAAAGCCAUCCAGCAGCAGCUGGUGUACCAGCAGCACCAUGCCCAGUUCCUGGAGAGGCUCAAGCAGCAGACUCACCUGGGCAAGCGCAUGGUGAAAACCAGCGAGAAGCCCCGGCUGCGGCAGAUCCCCUCCUCAGAGGACAUGGAGGCAGAGGGGAUGGAGGCUGGGGCUGAGAGCAGCGAGCAGGCAAGGGCAUGUGUGGAGCCUGCACGGCCAGGGAGCAGCGGGAAGGAGCCCGAGAGGCCUCAGAAGAUGCUGCAGCCUCAGGAGGAGCUCAUCCUCCAGCAGGCCUAUCUCUGGGACCCCUACCAGCGUGUGCAGCACCAGCUCCUCAAACGGCAGCCCCUGGCUGACUCCCCCAUGGUCCCGACCAUCCUUGCAGGGCACAGACCCCUCUCCAGGGCCCAGUCAUCUCCUGCCACAGCGACUGUUUCCCUCCCUGCUCAGGAUACGACCUCCAAGGCGCUCUCCCUGCCGGUGCAGGAGCAGACCAGCAAGCCCCAUUUCACAACAGGACUGGUUUAUGACUCGGUGAUGCUCAAACACCAGUGCUCCUGUGGUGACAACAGCAACCACCCAGAGCACGCGGGUAGGAUUCAGAGCAUCUGGUCCCGACUGCAGGAGAGGGGUCUGCGCAGCCAGUGCGAGUGUCUGCGGGGACGCAAGGCCACCCUGGAGGAGCUGCAGUGCGUCCACACCGAACGCCACGUCUUCCUCUAUGGCACCAAUCCCCUCAACCGCCUGAAACUGGACAAUGGGAAGCUGGCAGGGAUCCUGUCACAGCGGAUGUUCGUCAUGCUGCCCUGUGGAGGGGUGGGGGUAAGUGCUCCUUCUUUGCUCAGGGUGUUUUUGGAUGGGGUUGUUCAUUUCUGGGGCCCCUCUCGCGGGCCUGAGUGGAGAGGGAACUCCCAAAGCCAUCGGGCUGCUCUCAGCCCUCAACCCUGUGUGUCUGUGGCCUGUCCUGAUGGAGCUCAGAGCCUUGAGGUGUCUGGGGUAGAAGCUGGUCUGUGGCCUCUCUGUAGGGAGAAUGGACUCAGCCCAAGCAACAACAGCCUGCAUGUGGACACAGGAAAAUGUCCCAGCCUCCCUCAAAUGGGAGCAGGAUAUCGUUGUAGCACAGCUUCCCAUUAUCCUUGGGAGCAUCUUGAAUCAGGCCCUUUGCAGACCCUUCCCCCAGGGAACCCUGCUACCACAAACCCCUUGCAGCCUCAUUUGAGAGCCAAAGGCUUUAGGAGGGAGCAGAUUUGUGGGAUGGAUGGGACCCCAGCUGCGUGCAGGGUGUCCCAUGUCCCAGUGGGAUGGCCAAGGUGCAGUGUGGGCUUCCACCAGGGGUAUGGACAGUGGCAUGGGGACAUCAGCUUUCCACUUCUCUCCGGACAUUUCUGUGGCCUCUCCUCUCAGAGCUUGCUGCCCUGGUUUUCUCUCCAUUCAUUGCAUUCUCCUCUCUUCCUCUCUCCCCGUCUCUGUCCUUUUUUCUCUCCCUCUCUUUCAGGAAGGGUCUCACCCCAUGCCUUCCUGCUGCCUCUUCUGGUUCUUCUCCUCUCCUUGCCCCCGCUGCUGGGCACCAGCUCUUCUCAGCCUCGUUUACAUCCGCUUUCCCUGCUCUGCCUCCCCCCCUGCCCUCCUCUCGCUGCCCCCUCGAGGGGCAGAGGGGAGAAUUUGAGUUGCACACAUGGAGUUGAUCAGAAGAGACUUGAGUUUUCCGGCUCUGGCUCAGCCCUUGACGUGAUCCUGAUCAAACCAAGAUGUUUGGUUAAACAAUAAAAUAAGAUAAAGAAGGUAACGAGCGUUUUCUCAGUCACUCCUUCUAGCCCCUGG